AUGCCAAGAAAAUCGAGAAAACGAAAAAUAGCUGGAGAUAAGGUUUGUUUUGAAUUCGAAUUUUAAAAAAGAUCCGAAGAAUAUUUUUUUCAGAGUUCCUGCCAAGAAAAUGAUAUUUCGUGGUUUGAUUUACCAUUGGAGAUGCGAGAAGUGGUAAUUGAUGGAAUGGAUGUGAAAACAAAAUGCAAAUUCUUGCAAUGUUCGAAAAAAUGUGAAGAUGAAGUGAAAGAAUCGAAGAAUUUUCUAACAUCUAUCAAAAUAAACAAUUCAAAUCAUCCAGAAAUUCAUAUCGGACUUGGAAAAUUGCGUUGUUUUCAUUAUUGCUUGGAAUUUAUCGAUAUUUUAAGUUUAUCGCAACCUCAAAUAAUCGUUGUUUAUAAAACGUAAGAUUUUUUCGCCAAUUUUUUCUGAUAAAAAUUCUGUUUUCAGUGUUAAUCGUUUGUCUUAUUUCAGUAAAGAGGAUCGAAAUGAUAAAAAAGAAAUAAAAUGGAUGAAGAUUGAAAAUGGAAGAGCAGAAGAGGUCAGAUUGAAAUAUCUGACAGAAUUCGUUGAAAAAUAUUGGAAAACAAUUAGAAGAUUCGAAAUUGAUGUAAGAAUUGAAAGCUAAAAAUAUGUAAAUUGCAAUUAAAUGUUUCUAGGACGACAAAUUCAUUGAUUCGAAAUUCGUUAUGAAACAAUUGCGAAAUCUGGAAUAUAUCGAAAGUUAUUCGGAAGAUAUUCGAGAAAAAGGAUUGAUGGAUUUAGAACAAAUCAAGAAAAUCGAUUUUUGUAUUUUGCAAGAAACCGAAUUCACAUUUGAAGAAGUGCUGCAAUUUCAAGGAUCUUUGUAUCAAAUCAAAUCCGAUGAUUUUGAUGAAGAAAAUAUUGGGAGAUAUCUGAUGAUGUUGAAAAAUGGAGAAAUUCAUCGAAAUCUGGAAAAUCUUAGUGUCGAUUCAAUUACUUAUGAUAAUUAUUAUGUGGAUUGCAAAAGAAUCGCAAAACUUGUCGAUGGAUUUAAUUACAGUGAUAAUGAUGUUGAUUUGUGGGUUUUGCUUUUUGAAAAAAAAAACAACUAAAAAAUUGCAUUUUUACUUUUUACAGCACUCACUUUCGAUUUCUCCUAAAUUAUGAGAGAAAAUCAAAAUGUUAUUGUUGUUUUCUAUAUUCAAAAUGUGGUUUCAAUGUUAAAAUCGAAGAUUAUAAUUAUGACCAAGUUAUCGCAAAUCGUCGGCCUUUAAUUGAUUGA